GCCAGCUUGAUAAAAAGGUUUCCUCAACCCGUCGUCCUGGUUAAUGGUUGAUUUAGAAGUAAGAUCGCUUCCUAAUGAUGAAUCAAAGUCCGGGACGGUAGGUUCUACAAUACUAGAUGCCAAGUCUGGAAUCGGAUUUGAACGAGCUGAAGGCGAGAGAGACAGACAAAAGAAAAGUAAAAGGAUUGCUCUUUGCUUCGUCCGUCUUGAAGAAAUGUUCUUAAAGUUCUUGAGACAGAUUUCCAUUUUUAAUAGGUAAGAUAGUAACUUGAAAAUUCUCUUCCGAUCGCUUUGAGGUUCAAUUGCAGAGUGUGUACAACCAAAGAUUGGUGAAAGCUCAACAGUGAGAAUCAGUAUUCAAAAAACUUCUAUCCCAGGAUUUGGUUUAAUUGAAAUUUAAUUGGAAUACUAUCGAUCAGCCUGCUGAAGUGGAAUUGAGGAAUAAAUGAGAAAAUGAAUUGUCGGCUCGAAGUAUUUCUUGAAUGAAACCCAUGAUCGACCGAGGUGAGAUCAAGGUUGAAGGCAUCUCAGCGUGGAAUCGAUCACAUCUUUACGCUUAAUCGAAUCUCGGUCUCUAAGCUUGAAAGCUCGCUAUUGAUAAGAGGUUGUUGGGCUGGUAGAUAGGACAUCGGAUAAAUAACUUUUUGAGUUAUGAGCAUUGGAAACGUUGGUGAUUGAGCUUAUAGAUAACAAAC